AUGGGUUCAGAGCACGGCCAGCUUAGCGCUCUCGCUAAAUUAAUAAAUGAUCGCCAUACCGUUCGAAAGUUUUUGCCAGAGUCUGUUCCUCGCGAAGUACUGGAAAAGGCAUUAUCGAUAGCCCAGCGAACGGCCUCAAACAACAACUUGCAGCCCUGGCGGGCAGUCAUACUCACUGGCGAAAAGCUAGAAAGCCUCAACAAAGCGAUGUUGAGUGCAUGGGAUAAAGGAUGGCCUGAUAUUCCUGAAACACCCGCCGAUUAUAUGCAUCAUAAGGAAAAUUUCGGCGCAGAACUGUACGGAAAGCUGUUGGAUAUUGGUCGUGAUGACCAUGAGAAGAGAAAGACGACCUUGGCGGAGAAUUUUCGGUUCUAUGGAGCCCCAGCAGCCAUCAUUGUCUAUAUGGACAACAGGCUUUCAAAAUAUGAUUUGAUCAGCGCUGGACUUUGGAUGCAAAAUUUGACUCUGGCCCUUAGAGCACAAGGCGUUGAGGCUUGUUACCAGGCCAGUGUCGCAGGAUAUGCAACGAUAUUACAACGCGAAUUAGACCUCCCCGAAGGCAUGAAUUUCCUGAGUGCAAUAGCAAUAGGCUAUGAGGAUGUUAGCUAUGUGGGGAACACUCUCAGGAUGACUCGAGAUCAUUGGGCAAGGAAUGUGCAGAUCCGAUAG